AUGUAUGAUCUUGAAUUAGCUUAUGAAACUGAUAAAUCUGUUGCCCUAGGUGCUAUGAAUCACAAAUGCAUACAUUGUCUGGCUUAUAAGUCGAAAGAAGAAGCUCCUGGCAUAUGUUGCGCCGGUGGUAAAGUGCAACUUCCAACAUUUGAACCCUUGCCAGAGCCUCUUCACAGCUUGAUUAUGGGUCUUCAUCCAGAGCAGCUUCAUAUGGAUGGUAUUAGAAAGUAUAACAGUUGCUUUCAGAUGACGUCCUUUGGAGCUAAGAAAAUAAUGGAAGAUGGUUUUAUGCCCACUUUUAAAGUACACGGACAGGUUUAUCAUUUGGUUUGUAGCUUAUUACCCUUACCCCAACAAGACCCUCAAUUUCUUCAAAUUUACUUCAUUGGUGAAGACGAAAGAGAGGCAAAUUUGAGAUGCAGCAAUUUCUCUGGUGUGAAACCAAAUCUGGUCAAACAACUGCAAGCGAUGUUGCACGAGAAUAAUUCACAUAUAAGGGACCUGAAAACACCUCUUCAAAAAGUACCCGAAGAUUGUGAAAAGUUUGAAGUCGUUAUUCAUGCUGAUAGAAAACCAGCCAAUGCUCACACAAGCCGUUAUAAUGCAACAACGAGUGAAGUUGCUCUGGUCAUAGUCGGACAACAGUUCGAAAAGCGAGAUAUCGUUUUACAAAAUCACGAUAACAAAUUGCAUCGGAUCAGCGUGUUACACCGCUCAUAUGACGCCGUGCAAUACCCACUGCUAUUUUGUUAUGGUGAGGAUGGCUACUCUAUUGACAUACCGCAAUAUUAUCCUAAAACAAAAACAUCUCUUCAGAAAACCAUAUCGGCGCUAAAUUUUUAUUCAUACCGCAUCAUGGUCAGAGAAGAUGGCGAAAAUCGAUUGCUAUACUAUCGUAUCCGUUUUAUUCAAUAUUUAGUUGACAUGUAUGCGAAAAUAGAAACGGAAAGAUUGAAUUAUAUCAGGUACAACCAAGCAUACCUCAGAGUAGAUAGUUAUGUACAUUUGAAAGAUGCGAUAGGAAGGCAGGACACCGAUAUUGUUCAACUUGGUAAUAGGGUGGUACUCCCUUCAUCGUUUACUGGAUCACCUCGAUAUAUGCAUGAAAGAACUCAAGAUGCAAUGACCUACGUACGCCAUUACGGUCGCCGUGACCUUUUCAUCACAUUUACAUGCAAUCCUCAAUGGAAAGAUAUUGCAGAUGCAUUGCUGCCUGGUCAAAAGCCACACGAUCGUCAUGACAUAUCACAGGUAUUUCAUUUAAAAGUUAAAGCAAUUAUGUCACUGCUAACAAAAGAAAAUUUGUUUGGAAAAGUGCGUUGCUUUAUGUAUUCCGUUGAAUGGCAGAAGCGAGGUCUUCCACAGAUCCACAUUUUGUUGUGGUUGGAGCAGCGAGUUUCUGCGGUUAAUAUAGAUAAUGUUAUCUGUGCGGAGAUACCGGAUCCUCAAAAGGAUCCUAUCCUUGAUAAAAUUAUCAAAACCAAUAUGAUCCAUGGGCCCUGCGGAAAUAUGAAGAAAUCCCCGUGUAUCAAAGGAGGUUGCUGUAGCAAAAAAUAUCGUCGAAUUCUCCUGAAAGAAACCCAAACAGGCGACGACGUCUACCUUAAAUAUCGGCGAAGAGGUCCCGCGGAUGGUGGAUUUACGGUUGAAGUCCAUGGUGUAACCCUAGAAAAUAGAUGGGUGGUACCGAAAAAUCCAGUUUUGUCUCGAACUUUUGCUGCUCACAUCAACAUAGAGUAUUUGCACUUGGAAAAUGGCCAGCGUGUCUAUUUUAAUCCUAACGACUUCAAUAAUGUGACUGAAAAGGUAAAUAAUCCACAGAAAACUACUCUUCUAGCAUUUUUUGAUCUCUGCAAAACAGAUAAUUUUGCAAAAACCCUUCUUUAUGUUGAAAUUCCUUCAUACUAUGUGUGGAAAAGUACUAAAUUUGAGAGACGAAAACGUGGAAACAAUGUUGAUGGUUGGCCGAGAGUCAAAAAAGAUCAAGCUUUGGGCAGAGUGUACACCGUCCACCCUAAUAACGCCGAAUGUUACUACCUUCGUCUUCUUCUUCAUCAAGUGAGAGGGCCAACAUCAUUUUCGGAUUUAAAAACUACUGAUGGUGUCGUUUAUCCCACAUACCAGUCAUCAUGUAAAGCUUUGGGUUUGCUAGUAGAUGACAAGCACUGGAAUGCUACAAUGGAAGAAGCUGCUCUUACUGAUUCUCCUUUUAAGCUACGAAUUUUUGGAGAUUGGUCUCCAAAAGGGGUGAAAAGUGGUGUCUAA